AUGCGAGAAUAUUCCAUCACCAAUCUUGAUCAUUUUGGCAUCGACGUUGUCAUUCAAUUCGAUACCCUUCUUGUUCUCGCCCACUUGUGCACAUUCUACAGGCUGACUGAGCACUCGAGUCUGCCGAAGGCAUCGGCCGUCGACAAGACUAUACGUAGUCUCCAGUCGCGUCAGUCUAUUGGAAAUCGGGUCACAACGGGGCCCACUUAA